AUGAGUAAUGAAUUGACUGAAAAGAUCAAGGAAAUAGAUUCUCUAAAAGUGAAAUAUGAACAGAAAAUGAACAAUCCCACCAUUCAAUCAACUAUCAUAAGAGUAAGUUCAGUAUCAUAUCCUUAGAACUCUUCAUUAACUAGACAAGUCAUUAAAACUGAUUAAGAGAAUUUUGUUACAGAAUCCAUAAUGAAAUCCAAAAAUUCUUUCAAUUAGUCAACACUUGUUAGACCUCCGAGACAAGUGAUGUCGUAAAUUAAUGCAGAUUUAAAUAAUUAGUAGGAAUGA